AUGGUAAUGAAUAUGCGCCACGUGUUUGCCCUCGCGCUGUGCUUUGCCUGCGCGUGCGUGACUGGUGCUGCGGCGGGGAAUGGUGGCGGCGCCGGGGGGUCCUCGUCGCUUCACCCACUGCCGCUGGGGCAGGGAGGUGGUGAUACGCUGACUGUGGAAAAAGCAAAAGAGAAGGUGGAAGCGACUCUGCAAGAAAUCGAAAAAUACUUGAGAGAGGCUGAAGCGGCAGUGACGAAAGUCACCAGUGAAUACAACGCAGUUAAGACAGACAAGGACGAGGUGGAUAAAAUGAAGGAGACUCCAGGUGUGACGAAGGAGGCCGCUGACGCGAUCAAAAAGUUCGACAGUGCCUAUACAAACAUGGGCCACUUUCCUAAGACUGCAGGGCUCAGGAUAAACACGAUAAAAGAACACCAGACCAGCGUCUCGGUGAAGAAAGGAGAAUUGGAGAAAUUAACUGAGAGUGUGAGCACUGCUCUUACUGCUGAUUUGAAAAAGAUAACAGACGACGUAGCCACGUUGAGUGAAAAGGCCAAGAAUGAGACGAAGGGCUGUGAGGAAUACACGGGAAUGGCAGUAGAGCUGCGGGAUAUUGUCAAGACCGCAAAGGCGGAUAUCAAAGCAAAGUUCGACGAGAUCACCGAACGGAUACGCAAGGCUGGCGAGGCUGCCAAGAAGGAAAAGGAACAACGCGACGAAGAGGAACGUAAACAGCGUGAGAAGGCGGCCAAGGAAGAACAAAUGAAGGCUGCCAAGGAGAAAGAGGAGCAACAACGUCAGGCUAAGGAAAGGACACUACGAGAAGAGGAGGAAAGCAAGAAGGUUCAGGAGGCUGCUUCUGUGGACGAAGAAACCACAAAGAGGGCAGAGGCAGAGGCAGAGGCAGCGAGUGCACAGAUGGCCGGCAGUGCGCUGACGGACGCAGUCGCUGCGCAGGAAAUGGACGCUAAGUCGGUGACGGACACCGUAACAACAGUCAAGCAGACCGCUGAACUGAGUGACUUGAGUGACGCGAAGGCUCUGAUGCCCGACGGCAGCGGCCGUCCUGUGUGGGUGCGUGCGCCGCUGCUGCUCCUGCUGCUGACUGCACUGGCCUGCGUUGCGGUGUGCUGA